GAUCAUUUCAAACUAAACAUCUCAGUUUAUUCCAAGGGUCAUCAAACAACAUCUCGCCCACGAUGAAGUUCAAUGUGCUUCUCCCAUCCCUUCUGGCUGUCAGCCUCGCCCAUGCUCAAAGUACCACAACUGCGGAGUACAAUGCAGUGUGCCUCUCGAAAGACAACCAGGAGGAGGAGAAGCCGACUGGAUCGGGACAUUGGGUGAAAUACAACUGUGGCAAACGACCGAAUCAGAUGAGUGGGCUCAUCUCUAAGCCUGGCGCGGGUGACAUCAAUGCUUGUAUCCAGGAAUGUGUGGACGAAACCAACUGCAAAGGGAGCCUAUGGGAUGGCCGUGUGACUCUGAUAGCUAGCCGUUGUCGAGUUUUGGUGUCUGAUGCCGCACCUAGUGCGUUAGUAGCCGCUGAAGGAGCAGUAUACAUGGCGUACGAGUUUCGAGAGGUGGAGGUGGACAACGGGUGGGAUAUCCCCUCGCCAACACCAGAUGUAUGCGAAAACCAGAAUGUUGAAGCUGCCUGUUCUGUUAGUGUAGGAAGAGAUGUUGCCUAUAAGGGGAAGCUGCUGAAAGUUUUCGGCGGAGCCCACUGGAGUGGACGUGGAGACGUCGGUAAUUUCAUUGGCCUCAACAUUACUCAAUGUGUUGACAAGUGCCUCGACGUUUCAACAUGUAAGAGUGUGAUCCAAGACAGACGUGUCAAUAACGGUCUUUGUUAUCUCAGAAACCACGCUCUGCCUGCAGGAAGACCAGAGUACACCGAAAACCAAUGGAACAGCGUUUUCAUCAUCUCUUAAACUAUAAAAGAGAAGGGCGAUGAGGCAACAAGUCAUGUACAUCGUAUCUCAG